UGUCCCUGGGGUGUGUGGCACAGCCAGAGGGGACACUGAGGCACAGCACUGUGGGGUGGCCCAGAGAGGGGUUUGAACCCCCCCAGCUUCAAGGUGAUGUCCCCAGGCCCUGUGGUGUCCCUGCUGUCCCCUGCCCUGGGGUUUCAUUGUCCUGCCUGUCCCUGCAGGUCACUGGGCAGUUCCUCUGAGCCUCCUGACAUGAAGUGGCUUUGGGUGGUGGCUUUUGUGGCACCUGCCUGCACCGUCCCCUACAACGGCACUGGGGACAGGGACAAUGGGGACAGAGCCCGCUGUGCCCCCCAGCACAGCCCCCUGGGCACCGAGGUGCUGUUGCAGUGCCCGGGGGGUCUGGCCGAGUGGCGCUGGGGGGGCACCGUCCUGGGCACGUCCCCUGCCCCGGGGCUGGCCCUGCCCAACGCCAGCCUGGCCCACGAGGGCAACUACAGCUGCCACCACCCCGGCACCGGCGAGACCUGGGCCACCAUCUGCCUGCGCCUGGGCUACCCCCCCUCUCCACCCGCCAUCGAGUGCUGGGCCACCAGUUACCCGCAGGCUGUGAACUGCUCCUGGGCUCUGACCCCCGACCCGCUGCUGGACACUGACUUUGUGGCCACGUACAGGCACGGCACAGACACGGGCGAGUGCGAGCGCACGGGGCCGCGGAGCUGCUCCUUUGGGGACCUGCAGGUGUUUUCCCUCACCCCCUACGUGGUGAAUGUGACGGCUGUGAACCCCCUGGGCAUUGCCUCUGGAAUCCUGCCCUUCCUCCUGGAGAACAUCAUAAAGCCGGACCCCCCUGAGGACCUGAGGGUCUCCCCCAUCCCUGGAGAGACCACAAAGCUGCUGCUGGAGUGGAGCCCUCCGGCAUCCUGGCCCUUCCCAGAGUACUUCCCACUGAAGUAUCACCUCCGCUACACCCGGGACAAUGAUUCUGUCCCCACCACGAUCGGGCCAUUCGAGCCGACAUCCCACAUCCUGACCGACGUGGAACCCGGGACCCUCCACCACAUCCAGGUGGCCGCCAAGGAGGUGGCGGAUUUCGGGGAGUCCAGCGCCUGGAGCCCGCCGGCCUCGGGGACACCCUGGGAGGGGCCGUGAUGGGCAGGGUAUGGCCACUGUCCCACGGCCCUCCCACAGUCCCCUGUCCCACCGAGGGACCCCAGUACUGCCAGGAACGGGCAAUAAACUGGCUGCAGGCUCUGCCCCUGU